CGGCAACACGGAACGGAUCUAAACUCCUUCUCCCUCGCAAACGCCUCUCUCUCUCUCUCUCUCUCUCUCUCUUUAUAUAUGAGAAAAAAUUGACAGAUCACGAAUCGGAAUUCAAAGAUUGUGAGUGCACGUUAUAAGCUAAAGGUUCUGGGUUGAAUGAUUGCAUCUUUCUCGAACUGAUUUUCCCGAGAAAAAUACUAAGACUAUAUAGGAGCCUGGAAGUUAUAUGCGAAUCUAAGAAGAAGAAUUAGGAAUGGAUAGUCUGUGUUUGCCUGGGAUUCAUGGGAUCUCACCUUCGAUCUCCGUCGACGUCAGAGCGAAUCCAACUCAGGUUAGCGCAGUGGGGAGGUCCACGGUGGCGCAGAAAACAACGUCGUCGGGGUUCUCUUUCAAGUACUCUUUGAAAUCUCUGUGGCCCGGCGGAAAAGGGUACUACGCCAUUGGCAUUGACGACGCCGUUUUGGUGGACAACGGGGAGAAGGGCGGUGAUGCGGUUGAGGAGGGGGUGAGUGGAUCAGCGGCGUCGGAGGGGCGGAGCGAGAGUUGGGUUAUGAAGAUUCUUCACGUGAGGUCUCGGUGGAGAGAGCAAGAGGCGAGUGUUGAGGUUGAUCAGAAAAGCGAAUGUGAUGAUGAUCAUGAAGAUGACGGUGAUGACGAGGAAGAGGAAGAGAAGUGUUGUGAUGGUUGCAGAGUCGAUGACGAAGAAGAAAAAAAGGAGGUUCAAUUCGAUAGAGACUCGUUUUCAAGGCUCCUACGGAGAGUGUCAUUGCCUGAAGCCAAACUGUAUGCGCAAAUGUCGUACCUUGGGAACUUGGCUUAUACCAUACCCAGAAUCAAGCCAGGAAUUCUCUUGAAGAAUCAUGGGCUGCGAUUUGUGACUUCAUCAGUGGAGAAGAGAGAAAUGACUACGAAAGCUGAGAAAGAGCAGGGGUCAGAUGAAGUUCAAGAAGCAGAAGCAGAUCCAAAGGAGGCAGAGGCAGAGGAGGAGAAGGGGGAGCAGAAGAAUGAUGGGCAUCAGCUAAGUGCAUCUGCUGCUUAUCAGAUUGCUGCCUCUGCUGCUUCCUAUUUGCAUUCUCGUACCAGGAGCAUACUUCCAUUCAAAUCCUCAAAAGCCGAGAUCGGUAAAGAUUCGGAUGAAGGAAGCAACAGAAGCAAUGACAGUGUUGGUAUAAUAAAUUCAGAGGUUGCUUCUUUCAUGGCAACCACCGAUUCUGUGACUGCUGUUGUUGCUGCAAAGGAGGAAGUGAAGCAGGCUGUUGCCGAUGAUUUGAACUCAGUGCUUACAACACCCUGUGAGUGGUUCAUAUGUGACGAUGACCGGACUGGAACAAGAUUCUUCGUCAUUCAGGGGUCUGAGUCACUAGCAUCAUGGCAAGCAAAUCUACUGUUUGAGCCGAUUAGUUUUGAGGGACUGGAUGUGCCUGUGCAUAGAGGUAUAUAUGAGGCAGCAAAAGGGAUCUAUGAGCAGAUGUUGCCAGAAGUCCUUUCCCACCUGCAAGCUCGAGGAGAACGUGCCACAUUCCGUUUUACAGGGCAUUCUCUAGGGGGAAGCUUGUCCCUGCUUGUAAAUCUCAUGUUGCUAAUAAGGGGUGUAGUGCCACCUUCUUCCUUGCUUCCAGUCAUUACGUUUGGGGCACCAUCUAUAAUGUGCGGAGGUGACCAUCUGCUUUAUGAGCUUGGACUGCCUAGGAGUCAUGUUCAGGCUGUCACAAUGCACCGAGACAUUGUGCCUCGGGCAUUCUCUUGCAAUUAUCCUAGGCAUGUAGCAGAGCUACUCAAGGCUGUUAAUGGGAAUUUUCGGAAUCAUCCUUGUCUGAAUAACCAGAAGGUUUUGUAUUCUCCCAUGGGUGAGUUUCUGAUCCUCCAGCCUGAAGAGAAGCACUCUCCGCAUCAUCAUCUCCUGCCUUCAGGCAGUGGUCUAUAUCUUCUCAGCCGUCCUGUCUCAGAUGCCAACGAUGCAGAGAGGCAGCUCUUGGCAGCAAAAUUGGUCUUCCUGAACUCACCCCACCCACUGGAGAUCCUAAGUGACAGCUCUGCAUAUGGUUCAGAUGGAACCAUUCAGAGAGAUCACGACAUGAAAUCCUACUUGAGAUCAGUCAGGAGUGUGAUCCGUCAGGAGCAGAACAGCAUUAGGAAAACCAAAAGAGAGCAACGCCGCAAGGUCUGGUGGCCCAUCGUAGCACCCGGUGGCAUUCAUGCUGGUGUGAUUGUGGGCAGCCCAAUGGUAUCUAACAACAUGGGACAGGACCAAUUCAAUUUCUCAGGCAUCCUUCAGACUGGGCGAGAGUCCUUGAAACGGUUCAGUAGGCUUGUUGCAUCUCAGCACAUGCAUUUGCUGGUGGUACUUUUAUUCCCUACCCGAUUGUUUCUCUUGACAGAUAGCAUGAUCAAUUCAUUGACUCGUUAAUGGGGUCGGCCAUAUGAUGUUUUCUUCCUGUCGUCGGGUCAUCGUACAGUUGGAGAGGCACAUGGCUGAUGGCUGGCAGGAUUGGUUAGAAGAUUCUUUAUUCAUUUGGGUUCAAAAGCAAAAAGGAAAAAAAAAUGAUUCAUGUUUGAUUUAUCUUCUGUGUUUUUUUUUUUAGAUGGAGAAUAUCAAAUUGAUAUGUAGAGAUCCCACAACAUUAGAUUAUCAACGAGAACAGAAACAAAUUCUUUUA